AGGGUUGUUCGGGGAUUUUAUGCGCACGCCUGCUGCCUCUUCUUUCUUCUUUCUCUGCUGCAUCUGCUGCUGCCGCUGCAUCAAUCCAUUCCCCACAGCGACAUCCUUUUCAAUUUUUGGGCUUUGACCCCUCAAACUUCACCAAAUUCUCCGGGGGCUCCUCUCCUCUCACUCUGAUCCAAACUACGCAGGUCGCUCUCUUCGUCUUCUACCCCACUCCUAUUCCCUUCUAUUUAUACCCUCCCGAUGUCGUCAUUCCUCUUCUCGCCAUCGCUCGCCCGAGGAGGUCGACGAGGCCCGCGGUCCAGAUCCAAAGGUUAGAGGGUGCGCCGGAGGCAUGGAUGACUAUGUGGGGAUACCUGAGGACUUAAGGUGCAAGAGAUCGGACGGGAAGCAGUGGAGGUGCAGCGCGCUGUCGAUGCCAGAUAAGACUGUCUGUGAGAAGCACUACAUCCAGGCGAAGAGGCGGGCAGCAAACUCGGCACAGCGAGCUAGUGAGCGGAAAGCAAGGAGGAAGUCAAUGGACGACGGUGAUAUCUACUUGGAGAGCAGAAGUAAGGAGGUUGAGAGGUCCAGGUCUGUGUCUCCAAUGAAUAAUGUAGGUGGCGCAGAGUGGGCGUCCAGGGGCAGGUACAAGGAGAAGGUGUCUAGAAGUCAGGGACAGGGCUUGUACUCGCGCGAGAUGGCUAGGGGGGUUUCAGCCCAUGGUGAUUUUGGCAGACCUACUCAGGACGCUGAGCAAGAUGCAGAUUACAUGGAGGAGGAUCAAAUUAGAUCAGGAUACAAAACUCCACCAUUUGGCAGGGAAGCAAAGAAUUAUGGAAGUGGUCCAGCCGAUUAUUCAGGCAAAACUUCGGGUUCAUCUGAUGAGGUGGAAGGAUUAACUUGUCAUCACUGUCAGAGGAAUGAUCUAGCAAGUGUUGUAUGGUGUAUUAGUUGUGACAGCAGAGGCUAUUGUAGCAAUUGCAUAUCAAGAUGGUAUGCUGACAUUCCAGUGGAGGAUAUCCGUCAGGUUUGCCCAGCUUGUCGUGGUAUUUGCAACUGUAGAAUAUGCUUGCAAGCUGACAACUUAGUUAAGGCUAAGAUACAUGAGAUGCCUGCCAUAGAUAAAUUGAGAUAUCUUCAUAGCCUUUUGAAAUUCAUCCUCCCUAUCCUGAAGAAUAUAUAUAGGGAUCAAUGCUUCGAAAUUGGAGUUGAAACAAGGGCGUAUGGGCCUAAAUCUGAUAUUCCUAGGGCAAAGAUAGAUGCUGAUGAACAGAUGUGCUGUGACUUGUGCAAGGUGCCAAUACUUGAUUAUCAUCGGCAUUGCACCAAGUGCUCAUAUGAUUUAUGCCUCAACUGCUGUCGUGAUAUUCGACGGGCAUCUUCAGUUAAUCUGCCCAUCGAUGGUUGGUCAUCUGAUAGAAGCAAAGAUGUCACUGCUGAAACCGCAUGUCCAGAAUCAUCUGGAAAAACUGAGACUGAUGAAUGCUCAAUUAACUUUGCCCAUCAAUUUCCCAAGUGGAAAGCAAACAGAGAUGGCACAAUCCCAUGUUGCCCUGUUGAGGCAGGUGGUUGUGGCUCCUCAGAAUUAGUUUUAAGACGGCUUUUCAAAAUAAAUUGGGUUGCAAAACUGGUUAAAAGUGCUGAGGAAAUGGUCAAUGGAUGCAUAACUCGAGAUCCAGAUACUUUGCCAGUCUGCCCUUGUCAAAAUAAUAUUGUUUCUGAAUUGAAUGGGUUAAGUGCAUUCACUUGUCGCCAAUGCUCCAAUAGAGAUAGUAGCAUUGAUAAUUUCUUGUACUCUCCAGUAGCACAAGACAUAAAACUUAAUGGUAUAAGUCAUUUUCAUCAGCAUUGGUCUAGGGGUGAACCAGUUGUUGUAAGACACACAUUUGAGUGCCCAUUGGCUUCAAGUUGGGAUCCAACUAUUAUCUGGAGAGGCAUUCAAGAAAUGAUAGACAAGAAAACUGACGAUAGUAUAAAGGUGAAAGCCUUCAGCUGUAAUGAUCAGUCAGAGGUUGAACUUCAACUAGGUCAGUUCAUUAAAGGAUAUUCAGAGUGUACAUGCGAAGAUGGCUUGCCAGCAAUGUUAAGAAUAAAGGAUUGGCCAACUCCAAGUGUAGUGGACGAGUUUAUAUUAUGUCAAAGACCAGAAUUUCUUGUUAAUUUCCCUUUGAUUGAAUUUCUUCAUUACAAGUGGGGUAUUCUGAAUCUUGUUUCCAAGUUGCCACAUGAUACAAUGCAAAAUGAAAUAGGCCCUAGACUUGUUAUUUCUUAUGGCACGCACAAAGAGCUCAGUAAAGGUGCUCCUGUUGCCAACCUUCAAGUUAAUAUGGGUGAUAUGGUUUCCCUAUUAAUGCACACACCAGAGGCAGCUAUGAUGAGAUCUGAAUUUGAUAGGAACUUCAAUAAGUUUAAACCUGAAAAUCCGCUCGAGGAUGACUACCUUACAUAUUCUAAUAUGCCUUCCAAUGGGAUUACACGGCAACCUGCUCUUGAAUCUCAAGAACAUUGUAAAGAAAAUGAGUUUUCCUCGGGUCUCAAAGUGACCGAGGAUAAUCCUAUGGAUUUUCAUGAAUUCAAUAGCAACGGUUCAAGUGGCCAUGAAAAGAGGGAUUCUUCUUGUCCCGACCCUUCUGAAAGAACAUGCCCUGGAGUUGUAUGGGAUGUUUUCCGCCGACAAGACAUUCCUAAGCUCAAUGAGUUCUUGAAGACACAUUGGAAACACCUCACAGAUACUACAGAUUCAGUCUUGCCUGUUUAUGAUCAAGCAGUGUAUCUAAGUAAAGAUCAGAAGCAAAUGCUAAAGGAAGAAUUUAGAAUCGAGCCAUGGUCUUUCGUGCAACAUGUCGGUGAGGCUGUUUUUAUUCCUUCUGGAUGCGCUUUUCAGCUUAGGUAUCUCCAGUCAUCAGUGCAGCUGGUCCUCAACUUCUUAUCUCCAGAGAGCUUAAGGGUGUCAUCUCUUAUGGCCGAAGAGAUUCGCUGCCUUCCGAAUAAUCAUGAAGCAAAGAUUAAGAUGCUGGAGGUGGGAAAGAUGGCCUUGUAUGCCGCUAGUUCAGCCGUCAAAGAAAUUCAAAAAAUAACACUUGAUCCCAAGUUUAGUUCAGACAUCAAAUUUGAGAACCAAAACCUGACUGCAUUAGUCUCUGAAAACUUGGAAAAGGUCAUAAAGCGAAGACGACCCAUUUGCGGUUGAAUCGUCUCGUCGGGUCGAGCCUCAUUCGAUGAUGUAAAGAUUGUUUUGUGAUUAAUUUUAUGUACAUAAUUGGUAAUUUCAAAAAUUGUUCCUUCAGUAAAUGUUCGAAGUGAAGCCAAAUAUCUAAUUAUGUUUAGAGAUGCCCUUUCAUCACUUAA